AUGGAAUCAGAUUUUCGUUCACCUUUAAUUAAAGAUAACAGAAAAAUUGAUAAUAAAGAGGUAAAUGACAGGAUGGUAAAGUUUUUGGACUCCAGAAUAAACCCAGAAAAAGAAAACCAUCAUCUGUCUUUCUUCAAAGGCAUUAUACCAAUCUUAAACACUUUAACUAUCGAAGAGACUUUAGAAUUUCAAGCUAGCGUCAUGACAAUGUUGCAAAAAAUUAAAAGUAGGAAUUAUGAGAGACCAAAUUACGGACAUUGGCGUGAUUCAUAUAAUCAGAUGACCGGACCAGAUCAGUAUUCUGGAUGCUACACACAUAAUAGCGUCAAUCAACAGGCAACACCUACGCAAGAUCAACACUACCCUGGAUACUCUACGCAAUAUAAUAGUAGCAAUCAACAGGCAAAAACAUCUAUACCAUCAACUUCAUCUCAGACAUCGAAUCCGAUUCCAGCUUCGCCAUCAGCAUCUAGUAAUCAUUCCAUACAUUCCCAAGACUCAGAUUACUUAGAUUUUGAAGGGAUUUAA